GCCCCAAUCUCAAUUUUGCCACUUUUGUGGUCAUGCAAUGUAGUAAGGGGAAUGCCAGUCUGGCGGGCAGUUGAUCUAACAGACUGGCCAUUCCCAAUCAAUUCCAGGGCCCUUCGCAUGUCAUCAUCGGACCAACCUGGCUUCUUAUUCCUAGCAUUAUAUUUACGUGGCAUUCUGAAAAAAAUAACAAUUCAAAGUGAAUGUAACAUCAUAUGUAACACCAUUGCUACAACCAGGGGUCAGCAGAACAAUCACUGGGCAUUAUUGAGAUUAUUAUUUCAUAUAACCUUAACACUAAUACUAAGGUAGAAGAUAGAGAACUGGUAGAAAAAAUAAAAUCAGUUGAAAGAAUAUGAGUAUAAAAUUCAUGAUAAAUCGUAUCAAGUCCAGAGAGAACAAAACACAAUCAAAUUUCAACGGUUCCUGAAAAAGCUGGGGGUAAAUGCGAACACCUCAUUUAUUAACGAG